AGGGAGAGACGAAGGAAAGAGGUUCCCUUCAAGAAGGGGCGUGUGGUGAGAGGAGAUUGUGUUUUUUAACAACUUCAGGGAGAAAGCGAAGGAGAAAGAGGAGAAAAGAGGGAGAAAAAGUUUGUUUUCUCACAGUCUGCACGAGGCGGAACAAGAGUUAGAAAAAGUGAGGGGAGUGCAAGGGGGACAGAGUUGGGGGCGAGGUUUAAAAAAAGUUUCUUUCGCAGAGAGGCUCCGGGUGGCCGGAGCUCCGUCGCCGCGCGGCUCGGAGGCUCGCCCGCCCGCCUGGGGCAUGGACAGCCCCAGCGCCCCGGCCGCUGCCCCCGCCGCCACCUCCGGCGCCUUCGUCAUGGACAAGGCGUUCGGGCCGCAGCAGCCCCUGGGCGGCCGCCUCCUGGAGCCGGGGGACUGCGCCCAGGCCAGGAAGAACUUCAGCGUCAGCCACCUCUUGGACCUGGAGGAGGUGGCGGCCGCUGGCAGGAACGGAGGUCGCGAGCCCCGGGCCGAGCCCCGGGACGGCAGCCGGGGGCUGCAGGAGCCGUCCGGGGGGAGCAGCGGCAGCGAGGCGGCGCCCCAGGACAGUGAGUGCCUCAGCCCCAGCAGAGGAGUCGCCAAGAGGAAGAAGAAGCAGCGUAGAAACCGAACCACCUUCAACAGCAGCCAGCUACAAGCCCUGGAGCGGGUGUUCGAGAGGACCCACUAUCCCGAUGCCUUCGUCCGAGAGGAGCUGGCGCGCAGGGUCAACCUGAGUGAGGCCCGGGUGCAGGUAUGGUUCCAGAACCGAAGAGCGAAGUUCCGACGAAAUGAGAGAGCCAUGCUAGCCAACAGAUCUGCCUCGCUCCUCAAGUCUUAUAGCCAGGAAGCAGCCAUCGAGCAGCCGAUGGCACCCAGGCCAACAGCCCUGAGUCCAGACUAUCUGUCCUGGACGACCACAACCCCCUACAGCUCAGCUGCUGGCAGCUCUGGGCACUCACGCCCGCCUGCCAGAGAUGCGCCGGCUGAUGGGGGCUCCAGAGCCAGUUGCGGGGGCAGCUCCACGCCUGUACAGAACAUCGAGAUGGGCUUGCCGCACGGUGCCAUCCUACAGCCCCGGGGGGACAGCCCCUCCCACUCAGGGGGUCAACAUGGCCAACAGCAUCGCCAGCCUUCGCCUCAAAGCCAAAGAGUUCAGCCUCCAUCAGAACCAGGUGCCCACAGUGAACUGAAUGAUUCCCAGCAGCCCUCAACCAGGACUAAGCUACCUUUUUCUUAAAAACUUUUUUUAAGAAAAAAGAGAAAAAAAAGAAAAAAAUGUUUUUAAAAAAAAAAGAAAAAAGGGGGAGAGGGAAGGAAAGGAAAAUGAACCUCACCCUCCUUUCCUACCCACAGUACAAGGAUGGCUGUUCCUGCCCCCAACAGAAGGGCUGGUUAAGAAAGGACCCUACAGAGCCAUCCAAGGACAUGCUCUCCAACCAAUAUGCCUUCUCUCCUGUGGCUGCUGAGGACAGCAGAGCCCAGACCCAGACCUUCCCUCCAACUUCUGUCUCGGUUAUCCUCACUCAUGAGCAUCUGAUGUUGUCAGGCCAGGAAAGAGGAGGGAGACCUACCUAAACAGAGUGUUUGUUUGAAAAUCAAAAAGCUUGAGUUCUUCAAAACAAACAAACAAACAAACCUGGAAAAGGAUGAGAAAAAAACUAUAAACAGAACCAAAGGUUUUUCAUUUAAGAUGCAGAAUAUGAACUGGUACCAGCUGAUGUUGUUCAAGAUCCAUUUUGGUUGCUGACACCAGAUGGGAUUUUGGCAUCAAAUGUCCCAGCAGCCCUUAGGGCAACAGUCAGCAUAAACCAGCCCCUCUGUGACAUACAUCAUCAUGCCACCUGGCAUACCUUGGUCUGUACAUAGGCUGAAGUCUGCCCAUUUCCGCUGGAUAAAUAGUGGAAUCCAGCUCCAUGGUUUGGACCUUGAACAAUACGUGCAUCCUAGUAUAAAAGUACAUAGUUGAAGUAGGGGGGAGUCAGAAAGAGAUUGACCCAGACUGCCUCGAUCCCUUUCUCCCAAGGGAGCUCUCCUAAGGUUCCAGGCAGACUCUAAGGAAAGGAUGCCAGAGGCCAAGUUAAAAGAGAAAAGGAGUCUUGUGCUUGGAAACAAUAGCCAUGUCACCCUGAAUUCUGGUUACAACCCCCCCUCGCUGGACUACCACAUCUCCUGCCGGAGGGCAUAGCUGGACCAGAUAGUUCCAGGAUGCCUUCUAGCUCUAAGACCUGAGAUCCUUUAUGAAUACAGGAGGCUCAGCAACACAGAUGCUCUCUGUGUACCUGGGACUGCUGGUGUUUCUCCUUUGCCCUCCCAUGCUUCUUCACCAUAGCCCCAGUCUUCGGGACGGUCAGGAGACUCCUCAGCAUCAUACAGGAGCCUGCUUGGGCCAUCCUUCCUUCUGCCAACCAACACUGCCCUUCACUAAUUGGAUAUUCCAGCAAUGGCUAUGAGGGAUGGAGAGGCUCAGAAAUAGCAGGAACAUUUUCCUGUCAUUCCCAGAAGCCUCUCUUUGCUUCCUGUGUAUGGCCUCUAGUCCCUGUCCCCGCCCCCCACAGCCCUCCUUAGUUGGAAGAAGAACCAGAUGGGAGUGGAGCCUAGAACAGGCCUUCUUCUGGGGAUAUAGGAGAAAAAACAAUAAACUGGGGAGCCUGAGGUCUGGUUCAAAUCCUGGCUCUGCCACUUAAUACUUGAAUGACUGGCUAAGGGGCUCUCCUUCUCUGGGCUUCAGUAUCCCCAUCUGUAAAAUGGGGUGAUUUCCAAAGCCCCUCCAAGUAUGACUGCUUUAGGAUUCUGGAACUAAGGCCUGGGCCAGGGGACUGGAAGCUCUGUCUGUAUCUGAUGGCUCAGGGGGGAAGAUGGGGGCAGGGAAACAUAACAGGGUAGUUUGAAAGAACCUCACUUGAAGGAACAUAGAACUUCUUGACCUUCAUAUGCAGGCAUCUCAAUGAAUUGUCUCAAAAACCUGAAUGGAGACUAUGCUGUAUACAGCUCUGGCAAAACCCAUGUUGAUAGCAUCAGCUCUCGGGACAAACAGGAGAUGCUGAACCACAGGCCAGUCUGGGAUUGCAGAUGGGUGGUCAUCUAUGGAGUGGGAUCAAAAGGUCAUCAACCUAAAAUUGUGAUCUCUGCAGAUGGUUAGUGAAAAGGGAAGAGGUGACAGGAAAAAUACGAGGAACAAAAAUUCAGCUGUAGGAAUUCUGCCUGCCAGGCAUGGCAGUAGGGGGCCAUAGAAAAUUGCUUAUGGGGGUUCUGAACCCAAACAACCUCUCCCUGACAAGCAGCCAUAGAGAGACCACCCAGCCCAGACCCACCCCACAUCUGUUCUUGCACACAAAAGCAGAGGUUUGGGUUGGGUUUUUUUUUUAAUUGUAUAAAACACAUUUAUUCCUCUAUAGAUGCUGCUACAUUACACCCAGAACUCAUAUGGUUUACCAUGCAGAGGCAAAGGAGGGAAGAACCAUUAGAACCCCAUACUGUUUAACGAGCCUGACAAAUCCUAUGAGGCAUUAAUUCAAUCAGAGAACAGACUUACACCUGGGCAAAGUGGACAAAGUAGGCAUUAAGUACUUGGAAGAAACCCAGAGAAUAAGACCCUUUCCAAGAAAGCACUGUCCCAGCCCCACAUCUUGGGGGCAGUAUCUGAAACCCUACCAUUAGCUCUCUCCCUUUGGGUUAAACGUUGCUCUCUCCGGGACCAUCUUAAAAUGAAAAUACUCCUGAGAUGCCAUGGGUCACACUUUAAAUAAAAAGCAUCUGGUAGUAAAUAUCAGAAGCAUCUUUCCUUGGCCUGACGGAUGGGAAAGCCAGAGAUCUCUUAGUGCUUGGAAUGGGGAAAAAUGGGAAGUGAACAUAAAGGAAGAAAAGAAUGAUAGAGAGAAAACUUGAAGGAUGCUAAGGAAAUGUUAAGAGCUCAAACACUGCCCAACAAUUUUGAGGGGGAGGAGAGACAUGGUACCUAAAGAGUCACUGGGAGGGGUAAGGGGCAGGGGCAGCCUCCAGGGACACAGCUCUGCCUCCAUACAAAGUUGGGGCCAACCACCCAAGGAAGGCAAGGUUAGCUUUGGCACCUGCCUGCACUGACUCCAGCUGGCCAGCAGGUGGCCUAAUGGAACAUCACUGGGGGCUUGAUAACAGAUUGCAAUUUAAACCGCCUUUCCCCAAUGGGAACAGAAAAGCUAAUAGAUUUUGUCCCUCCCAGGUGUAUUACAGUCAGUGGCUAAGGUCUCUGAGUUUAGGGAUGCCCAGCAGGCAGGGGUUGUGCAGGCAAAAGAAGGAUGUUUUCUUUACUUUUUUUUUUCCCUUGGUGGAGAAAAUAAAGGCCUUUUCUGGUACUGCUAAGGGCUAGAUAGAUGGAAUCGGCAUGUUUUUUGAGGGCCUGGAAUCCUCUCUGAACAUGAAGCUUGUAUUCAUGAGAACCUCUGUCAGCUUUGGAAAAAGCCGUGGGGGCUCUAUUCCCAUGGAAAGCUCCUGGCUCUCUCAGUCCUACCACAAGGAUAUAAAUGUCACUUCCGCCGUGAGUGCACUAAUGAAAAUAAACCAGUUUAAUAGUUUA